AUGAAGGAAGCUGUAGUUGACAAGACCGUCACGGUCACCAUCCGCGAUACCCCCAUCCCCACUCCCGGGCCGGCCCAGGUGUUGAUCCACGUCGUGGUAUCCGGCACUAACCCAAAGGACUGGAAGGUCCCCAAGUGGACGGAUACCACCAUCAACCAAGGUGACGACAUCGCCGGAUAUGUGUCCGCCGUCGGAGAUGGAGUCCAGAAUUUCAGAAAGGGCGACAGGGUGGCUGCCUUUCAUCAAAUGAUGUCCCCCAACGGCAGUUACGCCGAGUAUGCAAUCGCGUGGGAGCAUACCACUUUUCAUCUCCCAGAGAAAACCAGUUUCGAAGAGGCUGCCACGAUUCCCCUGGCGGCCAUGACCGCCGCUCUGGGGUUGUAUCAGCGGCUGCGUCUGCCGUUGCCGUGGAACCCGACGAACCAGCCUCAGCCGCUGGUGGUUUAUGGCGGUGCAACCGCGGUCGGGGCAUUUGCCAUUAAAUUUGCGAAGCUCUCCAACAUCCACCCCAUCAUUGCGGUGGCGGGCAAGGGAAUCCCCUUUGUGGAGGGUUUGCUCGACAAAGGAAAAGGCGACACAGUCAUCGACUACCGCGAGGGCGACGAGGCUGUCCGUGCCAAGAUCAAGGCGGCAGCCGGAGGACAACCCAUUCAUUUUGCAUAUGAUGCUGUCUCCGAGAAGGGAAGUUUUCACAACAUCAGCGCGGCCCUGACUCCGCCUGCGAAGAUUACUACGGUGCUGCCGACCAAAGAUACCGAUACUUUCCCGGCCGGCAUUGAGAUUGACCGCACGAUGGUUGGAUCGGUCCACAAUCCCCCAGGUGAGGGAAAGACCAUCGAGGAUAAGGAGUUCGGGGCUGCGUUCUUCCCGUUUAUUGGUCGGGGUCUGGCACAGGGAUGGUUCUCGGGUCAUCCGUUUGAGGUGCGACAGGGAGGCCUAAACGGUCUCGAAGGGGCUUUGAAGGAUCUCGAAGACGGCAAAGCUUCUGCGGUAAAGUAUGUAGUGCGGAUUGCGGAUACAGAGGGUGUGCAGCAGUAA